UUCUUGGAGCGCGGUAUAAAUCUUUUCAGUUGAGUUUGGAACGCGUAACCGUUAAAACGUAUAACCCUCCUGGAGCGGAAGUUUCCAUUUGUUUCUGAAAUAAUGCAGCGUUACCAAGUGUGCAGUGUCCUGGUCCUGGCCUGGCUCGCCAGCGGACAUGCCCUGGCUGUGGGCACACCCGAGUGCCCCGAGAAGUACGGCGUCCAGGCGUACGCCCACACGGAGAACUGCGACCAGUUCUUCCUCUGCACCAACGGCACCCUGACCCUGGAGACCUGCGAGAACGGGCUGCUCUUCGACGGCAAGGGGGCGGUGCACAACCACUGCAACUACAACUGGGCGGUGGACUGCAAGGGUCGUCAAUGGGAUCCCACUCCCAUAUCGACGCCGGGCUGCGAGUACCAGUUCGGGCUGUACGCCGUCUCCAAGGACUGCUCCACCACGUACAUCAAGUGCGCCCACGGCGAGCCCCACGAGCAGGACUGUGACGCCGGCCUGGCCUACGACGAGCGCAUCCACGGAUGCAACUGGCCGGACCAGCUGCUGGACCACUGCAAUCCCGAGGCUGUUGUGGGCUUCAAGUGCCCCACCAAGGUGGACCCGAACUCGGUGGCCGCCCGCUUCUGGCCCUUCCCCCGGUUCCCGGUCUCCGGCGACUGCCACCGCCUGAUCACCUGCGUGGAGGGCCACCCGCGCCUGAUUAGCUGCGGCGAGGACAAGGUGUUCGACGAGCACACACUCACCUGCGAGGAUCCGGAGUACGCCAGCGGCAGCUGCGCCAACUACGGCAAAUAGGCCCGUCCGACGAUCGACCUGUACAUAAAAAAGCUAUCCAACUGCUGUUCCAACUGUAUCUGAAGCUUAUCCUCCGGAGCACUCUUUUUUUUCACUUUCCGUAUUAUUAACUUUCUUGUUGUUUGGUCUCUCCUUGUAUAUGAUUCGCAAUAAAGUUAAUUUUAUUUAUUGUA